CAGAGUUUGUCCCACAUCCGAUUUUUCAAAAUAAAAGCCACUGGUUUUAAAAAGGGGCCUCGGUUCGAAACUCUCACAUUUCGUCAAAUCCCGAUUUCGGGAGGAUCCAGGCCUGGUCGGAAAACGGCGCGGCCGAGGAAACGAAAAAAGGAAAAACCAAAAAACUAAACAAAACAAAACAAAAAAAGUAAAAAACGCGUUUUUGAAGCGUAUUUCAAUUAGACAGCGCCUCCACUUCUCCCUCGGUUCUACGGACUCGAUAACCUUUUUAUUCGAGAGUUCCGAUUUCGCCCAACUCGGCCGAGCGCCGUCACUCCGACACCGUCCCUGUUAUUUACUGUUUCUUUGACAUUUCCAACUUGCAAGAACUUUUACCCCCUUUUUUCCCUCCUUUUAUUAUUAUUAUUAUUAUUGUUAUUUCCAGGCGAACGGUCUCGCCAUGAGAAUUUCCCAGGAAAUACUCGACGGGCUCAAACAGAUCGGCGAGACAAGUUUGUUGGACGAACAACGCCUGGAAAAUUUGCUAAAAGAAAUUUCCACUUACCUGGAAUUUCCUCUCAAUCCGAACCACUCAGUCGAUAUCCCUCCUGAUACACCGGAGAUAGAUGUCCUCAAAGUGAUAUAUGCAUCGCUAUUGACAUUCCUGAUUGAAGGAAUGCGACGGAAUGAAGAUCCUCUGACGCUCAAGUGCAUCCUUGGUAAUCAAAAUGUACCAGACGACAGAGUCGAAAAGAUCCUAGACGUGUACACUAAGCAGAAGCUUCCUCUCAGGCUUUCAUUGAAGAGUUUUAACUCAAAUCCUCCGCACAUAUUUGAUGUAACUUGGAAAAUGCAUUUUUGUGUGAAGACUUCAUUUUCCGACUUUGACGGGAAAUUGCUUUACUUCAUCCAGCUGAUAGUCGGGAAAAAUAACUCGAUUCAAAAUUUUAACGUUGAGACUGAAAAAAUUAAUUUUGUAUGCACUGUGAACCAGUUGAAAAGUUUAGUCGCUACUUUGAAGGCGGCCACUAGACAUUUAGAAUCUAUAGCAGAACGAUGAUUGAUAAAUAUAUUUGUUAUUUAAUGUUCAUGUAAAAAUGUAUGUA